UGUGUAAUGGUUGGAAAUAGUUCCACAUUGGUAAUGUAGAUGGAGCCAACAUAUAAAACCAUGUGCUCCAUAUAUAGAUGGCAGCCUCUAAGCCUGUUCGAAACCUGGAGAGCGUUACUGGGGCGGUAUAGUAUCUGAACAUGGUGUUACAGAAUGCCAAUCUUUUGGCGUCAACCUAAGCAUAGUGAUGGAGGGAGUUAGUAAAACAUCAUGGCAUUUUCAAACCAGAUAAUUAGUUAUCCCUCAUGCAUUUACCUUCACAAAUUCCGUCUUGUCACAGAGGCAGGAGGAGAUGAUAUCGUCAACAGUUAUCCUCUAGAGUGGAAGGUUCUCCCAAACCAGAGGCCCUUGGAAAGAUUGUGGGUCACCAAACCAGGUUAAAAAAAUUGUAACCGUAUAUAACAAAGUAGGCAUGCUCUUGGUUGCUAGUAGUUGCUCUCGCGCCUCCCAUUUUUUCUACUGGUUCAUAAAAAGAAGAGAGGGCCGUGUGCUUGGCUUUCUUCUCAAUCUAAUUUUCUCUCUGCCCAUGGAGAUCAGCAGUGAUGAGAGAGUGGAGCUAUCCAUUGUGGAACACCUCCCCCCUCCUCCUUCCUCCCAUAACAAUGGAGGCACCAGCGGUGUGGAGGUUGCCAUGGAGGAGGAUCAUCUAUGGCCAACCAAAGAUGGCCCUCUUCCUAUAUUCCUUAAGUUUGAGAAUGUGGAGUACAAGGUGAAGCUUAGCCCCAAUAACCCCCUGACAGCUGCAAAGGUGGCCUUUGCAUCUCACAUGAGGGCGGAUCAUGGCAGCAGCAGCAGCUGCAAGCACAUCCUCAAGGGCAUAGGUGGCAGCGUUGACCCUGGUGAGAUCCUUGCACUGAUGGGCCCUUCUGGCAGUGGCAAGACUACAUUGCUCAAGAUACUCGGUGGCAGGCUUGGUGGCAGCAUCAAGGGCCAGAUCACCUACAACGACACACCCUACAGCCCCUGCCUCAAGAGGAGGAUUGGAUUUGUGACUCAGGACGACGUUCUGUUCCCUCAGCUGACGGUGGAGGAGACGCUGGUGUUCGCCGCCUUCCUGCGGCUGCCGGCGCGCAUGUCCAAGCAGCAGAAGCGCGACAGGGUGGACGCCAUCAUCUCGGAGCUGAACCUGGAGCGGUGCCGGCAUACCAAGAUCGGCGGCGCGUUCGUGCGCGGGGUGUCGGGCGGCGAGAGGAAGCGAACAAGCAUCGGGUACGAAAUCCUAGUGGACCCGUCGCUGCUGCUCCUGGACGAGCCCACGUCGGGGCUGGACUCCACGUCGGCGAGCAAGCUGAUCGUGAUCCUCCAGCGGCUGGCCAAGUCGUCGACGCGGCGGACCAUCAUCACCACUAUCCACCAGCCGUCGAGCCGGAUGUUCCACCUGUUCGACAAGCUGCUGCUCAUCUCGGAGGGCCACGCCAUCUACCACGGCAAGGCCAGGGACUGCAUGCACCACUUCUCCUCGCUUGGGUUCACGCCGGAGAUCCCCAUGAACCCGGCCGAGUUCCUGCUGGACCUCGCCACGGGCAACCUCGAGGACAUUAGCGUGCCCGAGCUGCUCCGGGACGGCUCGCCGGCGCCGCAGGAAUUCAGGUCCCGCGUCGUGUCCUACCUCCAGCUCAAGUACAAGGAGGAGGCGAAGCUGCAGAAGGUGGCGGCGAGGCGGCCCGGGGAGCAGCUGAAGCUGGCGAUCCGGAUGCGCAAGGACCGGAGCAUCAACUGGUUCCAGCAGUUCUUGGUGCUGUCGCGGCGCACGUUCCGGGAGCGCGCCGCCGACUACCUGGACAAGAUGCGGCUAGCGCAGGCCGUCGGCGUGGCGCUGCUGCUGGGGCUCUUGUGGUGGAAGUCCAAGACCGGGAACGAGGCGCAGCUGAGGGACCAGGUGGGGCUCAUCUUCUACAUCUGCAUCUUUUGGACAUCGUCGUCGCUGUUCGGGUCCGUCUACGUGUUCCCCUUCGAGAAGCUCUACCUGGUGAAGGAGCGCAAGGCGGACAUGUACCGCCUCAGCGCCUACUACGCCAGCAGCACCCUCUGCGACGCCGUACCGCACGUCGUGUACCCGGUCCUCUUCAUGGGCAUCCUCUACUUCAUGGCGGAUCUACGGCGCACCGUCCCCUGCUUCUUCCUCACACUCCUCGCCACCCUCCUCAUCGUCUUCACCAGCCAGGGGACGGGUGAGCUGCUGGGGGCGGCGAUUCUCAGCGUGAAGAGGGCGGGGGUGAUGGCGUCGCUGGUGCUGAUGCUGUUCCUGCUCACCGGAGGGUACUACGUGCAGCACAUACCCAAAUUCAUCCGGUGGCUGAGGUACGUGUCGUUCAUGCACUACGGCUUCAACCUGCUGCUCAAGGCGCAGUACCACGGCCACCUGACCUACAACUGCGGGAGCCGGACGGGAUGCCAGCGGCUGCAGUCGUCGCCGUCCUUCGACACCGUCGACCUCGACGGCGGUAUGCGGGAAGUAUGGAUCCUGCUCGCCAUGGCCGUCGCGUACCGCCUUCUUGCCUACUUCUGCCUCCUCAAGAGGAUCAGCCUCAUGCCCUUGUGAAAAGAGGGGAAAGAAAAUGUGAACUGCGCCUGCCACGGCGAAUUGGCAUGGCAUGAUUUGCUAGCUUAGGUCUUCCUACUUUAUUCCUUGGCAGCAUGUAAUGCAUGUUAAUUAAGGGGUAGUACAAGGCAUGAACUCUGAGUAAUAUAUCUGUGGUUUUCAUCUUGUCCAGUAAUAUAUGUUAUCA